AUGCCAGAACACAAAGGCAUCUCAUGCGAGCUCCACGUCGAGGGUCAAAAGGCUACUGAAUAUCAGGUCACACAAGCAGGAUAUAUAAGCACCUCACAUAUCAUAUCCCAAGAAGACAAAAUUUUCAGCUUCCACCUCAAUAUUGUCUCGGCUACGCUAGGUAGUGUCGGUCGUCUCGAUCUUGAACUCUGGGCAGACGGUCAGAAGUUGGACGCCUUCACGUUUAUAGAAACGGACUAUUUCGUCGACGACCCACAGGUUCAGGAUAGCACUGGUGCUGUUAAAGUUGUCAAGCUUCGGUUCGCGAAGCUAAAAACAGUUGACGAGAAAAAAUCCGAUCAAGAAACCCGUCAGGAUAUCCUACAGAAGCUGGGUACCCUCGAAAUCAAGCUCUGGCGUGCACAUCAAGAUGCCACACAAACAUGCUGUCUUUUGUACGAACAAGAGCCAUCAAAGAAUCCUAUUCACGAGAAAUCGAUCAAGGGAGAGAGCAUUACACAUUGCACGGAGUUUGCGAAUGCCAAACAUAUUCAGAAUCCAUCCUGGUGGGGUUAUUGGACACGAAAGAUUGAUCCCUACGAAACGCCUUGGGUUACGUUUGUCUUUCGACAUGCUUCUAAAUCACUUCUCGAAUCUGCUGGAAUUAUUCCCAAAGAUUCUACAAAAAAGCAUCAGAAAGUGGAGUUAGAAAGUGAAUUGCCUGAGAUUAAAACAAAAAAUAAACCGGAAAAAGAACUUGACCUUCCAAUGACAAAAAUAUCGAAAACUCCUCCGGGGAAGAAACGAAGAUUGGAAUAUGAGAGCACUUCAAACGAGGAACGAGAAUAUGAGAACUGGGCAAACAAAAGAUCAAGAUAUAAUAUCAAAAAGCACUGGCCAAGCGAUAGUUAG